CUAAAAUGUACACCGUGCUAAAGCAUUAACCCACUGAAUAGCUUAGGACCUACAGUUCGCCAUGGAGUCUCUCUCGGAGCUUUCCGUGCAGUUCUCCCAGCUCUCCAUGUUCCCUUUCUUUGACAUGGCUCAUUAUGUGGUCUCUGUGAUGUCUGCCAGGGAGCAAGCAGGUGCUCUAGAUAUAGCAGCCCGCAGUCCUAUGGCAUCCUGGUUUAGUGCCAUGCUUUACUGCUUUGGAGGUGGUAUUUUAUCUUCUAUUCUGCUUGCUGAACCUCCUAUUGCAGUUCUUUCAAACACUACUAACAUCAUGCUGGCAUCUACAAUAUGGUACAUGGUGUACUAUUUCCCUUAUGAUCUCUUCUACAACUGCUUCUUUUUCCUUCCCAUCCGGCUCAUCAUUGCAGGAAUGAAGGAAGUGACUAGGACAUGGAAGAUAUUAUCAGGGGUCACACAUGCUCAUAGCCACUAUAAAGAUGCAUUGCUAGUCAUGAUAACUAUAGGUUGGGCUCGAGGUGCUGGAGGAGGAUUGAUCUCUAAUUUCGAACAGCUAGUGAGGGGUGUCUGGAAACCCGAGAGCAAUGAAUUCCUCAAAAUGUCAUACCCUGUGAAAGUGACCUUGAUUGGAGCUGUUUUGUUUACAUUACAGCAUGGCCACUACCUCCCUAUCUCAAGACAUAACCUCAUGUUGAUCUACACAAUGUUUCUAGUACUCAUUAAGGUGACCAUGAUGCUGACUCAUUCUACAGCCUCUCCAUUUUUACCUCUGGAGACACCCCUACAACGCAUUUUGUUUGGUCAGCGACAGAAACCAUCAGAAGUUAGACAAAGUGCUUCUUCUUCAGGUGCCAAAGGGAAGCCUUCCAAGAAAACACUGGAUAAGGACUCUGGAGAACAAAGCAAAAAGAAGGAUAGCUGAGCCACAAGGAGUAUUAAAAUGCACCAGCAGUCAUCUAUACACUUCUGAAGCAAAGACUUUAUCCAUUCAAUGUGAAUUCUGUAUUAUUAAUUAGGAAGGGCAGGGAUAUUGGCUACCUAAUGGGUCUGCUCAGUCACUGAAAAUAAUUGAGUUAUUGGGUGUAACCAUGCUCUCAUCUGAUAACUGGUUAUGUAAUACAUACAGCUAAUCAUUCUUACUUUGAAGGGGACUUGUUAUUCCAAGAAUAAACAGUGCUUGACUAGCAA